CUUGUGGGAGUGCAUGAGCCAUCUGGGAGCGGGGCCAAGACGCAGCCGACGGCUGCCCCAAAGUGCUGCGGAGGCACUCUCGCCUCCAGCCGGCGCUGCCUGCCCGGUCGCAGCGCCGGCGCGCGCGCGCAGGCGCCGCGGCGAUUGGCGUCCUGCGGGAGAGCAGCCCCGCCGAGCACCCGCAGUGACUCCCGGUGCCCCUGGUGCGCACGGAGCUCUCAGCAAGGUAGAGACUAACGGUGACCGCGCCACUCGCUCCCCGGCGAGGAUCCACAAGCAACACCCUCGGAGGAAGAGGAUCCCGGCAUGGCGCCGCCGGCCGCUACUAUAAUAGAAGGCCGCCUCUACUACUGUAGUGUACGACACAACCAGCCCCCGACGGGAGAGGGCUCGCACUGGUUUAGUAUUGAUGAUGCGCUCGUGUAUUGGAAUUUCUUUCUCGACUUUGGACCGCUGAACCUGGGGCAACUCUAUCGUUUUUGUGCUUUACUGAACCAGAAGCUCAGAGCUCCAGAACUUAGUGAGAGGCCGAUCUACUACUACUCGUCUUCUGAUCCUCGAGCGAGAUCGAACGCCGCCGUCCUGAUCGGUUGUUGGCAAAUCCUAUACUUACAACGAACGCCGGAGGAGGCCUGGGCGCCCUUAUCGACCUACGGCAGAUACGCGCCGUUUCAUGAUGCCUCACCUUGUGCCUGCACGUAUGAUGUGACGGUGCUCGAUUGCCUGAAAGGCCUCCACAAAGCGCGAGCUUGUAAUUUUUUCGACUUCGACGCCUUCGAUUUAAAUGAAUAUGAACAUUUUGAAGCGGUGGAGCACGGCGAUUUGAACUGGCUCGUGUAUGGUCGGUUUUUUGCCUUCGCGGGCCCGCACGACGCGCACCGGAACCCCCACACCGGGUAUGAAACGUUAGCGCCCGAGGACUACGUGCCCUACUUCAAGUCCAGGAACGUUUCAUUGAUAGUACGAUUGAACAAGCCCUACUACGAUAGGCAAAAAUUUCUGAAGAACGGCAUCGAUCAUGUGGACAUGUACUACUUGGAUGGGUCGAAUCCACCGAUUAAGAUAUUGAGGAAGUUCCUCGAGGUCUGCGAACAGACCACAGGCGCGAUCGGGGUCCACUGCAAAGCUGGAUUAGGAAGAACGGGAACGUGCAUCGGCUGCUACUGCAUGAAGCACCACAAGUUCACGGCGGCGGAAAUCAUUGCGUGGUUCCGCAUCUGCCGGCCCGGUUCCGUGAUCGGUCCCCAACAGCACUUCAUGCAGGAGAUGGAGCGCGUGUUGUGGCAAGAAGGGGAGGCCUUCAAGCUGAAGCGGUCGCCCUCGAUGUCGAAGAAGGUCGUGUCCAAGGAAGAUGAGUCCGUGGCGUCGCUCGGAUCUUCCAUGAAGGGGUUGGCUCUCGCGGGCGCGCGGUCGCUGUCGCCUUCCGGUACAACGCCGACGCAGGGCGACUUCCUCCGCCAGGCGCGCCAACGCACCGGAUGACCCGUCUCGCCCGCCCUUAUUACUCGUCUCGGACGCCCUUAAUCUUAGAGAAUAGCA